AUGACCCGCUGCGGCACGCCGUGCUGGACGGCGCCAGAGGUGAUCCGCGGCGAGAAGUACGACGAGCGGGCCGACGUCUAUUCGUUCGGUGUGAUCAUGUGGGAGGUUGUGACCCGCAAGGAGCCCUUCGCCGGGCGCAACUUCAUGGGCGUGUCGCUGGACGUGCUCGAGGGCCGCCGCCCGGCCAUCCCCGGCGACUGCCCGGCUGACUUCCGCAAGGUCAUGAAGCGCUGCUGGCACGCGUCGGCCGACAAGCGACCCAGCAUGGACGACGUACUCACCUUUUUGGCCAAGCACCUCGACGCCGAUGACGCCGGCACCAUGCUCUAA